AUAGUGAACAAGCAUGCAGUUACUUUUCAACAAGAAAAAAAUCUUGUCUGUUUCAUUUUGGGUAGUUAAAUUUAUCUUAUCAGUCUGGCAUAUAUAAAACGUCACUGGAGAUAACAAGUAACGAAAAACUUUAUAAACGACCGAUCAUUAUUGGUGCCAUUUUAGAAAGUCUGCAUAUGGCCAAAAUGGCAGCAAGCACAUACAUGUGCAGAGUGGCCAUUGUCCUCCUGGUUGUCAUGCCAGGGAGCUACCAGGCAGAAAUAGUCCAUUUUGUACCAGCUAGCUCUUUGAAUCUCACUGUUCCAGCUGAUGUCAAGGUUAGGGAACCUGUAUCGGUUCAUGUCUCCUUGCAACAAUCCAUCAACACCAUAGGACCACAUUUUGUGAGCGUAACAUUGGACAGUUCUCUUGUGCGCGCAAACUGGUCAACUUUUGACUUCAGGUCCACAAAAUUACAGAACCUUGCUCAUGGCCUGUCACCGAGUUAUUUGAGAUUGGGUGGAACAGCGGCAGAUGUCCUGGUUUUUCAGUCAGGUUCCAGUCAUCCUUCCCAUGGAGGGGAAGGGAAGCCAGUGGACCUCAAAAGUCAUCCAAUAUUUAACAUGACAACCAAACAGUUUGAUGAUAUUAACCUGUUUGCUCGCACUGUUGGCUGGGAUUUUAUCAUGGACUUGAAUGCACUCAUUCGAUUCCCAAAUGGCUCUUGGGACCCUAGCAAUGCCCAGGAACUUCUUCGUUAUGGAUCAGCGAAAAACUAUUCCAUUGUUGGAUUUCAACUAGGAAAUGAAUAUGAUGUAUUUCAUAGUACCUUCAACUACACAGUGCUUCCAAGUCAGCUGGCAAAGGAUGUAUUAACUCUGAGCCAAGUGCUAGCCAAAUUUCCUUUAUACUCUAGUUCUUUCAUCGUUGGCCCAGAGACUGCAACAAACAACAAUAAUUUUUUCCAUGGUUUUCUUGCCAGUGGUGGAGCUACAGUGGUUAGAGCUGGAAGCUUGCAUCACUACUACAUGAAAGGAUCAACAGCAGUUCUUAAGAACUACACUGAUGUUGGUGUUUUGAAUCGACUUGUGGGCUACCUGCAGUCUGCAUUGUCACAGACCCGUUCUGUGGUCCCAGACCUUCCAGUAUGGUUAAGCGAGACUUCCUCAUCAUAUGGUGGAGGCACACCAAAUAUUACCGACAGAUUUGUGGCAGGAUUUGUGUGGCUUGACAAGCUUGGUGUGUCUUCUACCAUGGGUUUGAAUGCUGUAUUUCGCCAGACCUUCUAUGGUGGUAAUUACGCUUUGCUAGAUACACAUCUAAACCCAAAUCCGGACUACUGGCUGACACUCCUGUUCAAGCGCCUUAUCCGUGGUCCAGUGUUCAAUGUCACAGGAGCCAGCGAUGUGAGAAUGUAUGCAGCAUGUGCCAAUCCAGACAGCUUUAGUCUGGGAGCACUGGUGAUUUACUUAUUGAACCCCAACAACUAUUAUGCGCCCUUUAACCUCUCCCAGUUUCCUGGCCAAGAGCUUCACUUGUACAUUCUGACAGCUGGGGACAGUGAUGGCCUCAUGUCAAAGUUCUCAGCGCUGAAUGGGGCUAAACUGCUGAUGAAUGGAAAUGAAUUGCCUCAUUUAUCUCCUGCAACUCAGAGGCACGAUCCUGUGAUAAUGCCACCUUAUUCUUUUGGCUUUGUGGUGCUGCCCAAUGCUGCUGUAACACUUUGCCGUGACAUUUAAAAUUGGUGAAAAGAGAGGGACGUAUAAUCCAUAAAACCCCAUUCACUUGUACACCUCUUCGAUUACAGAAUUGUUAUCAGCCUCUUGGCACUAAAGCACUUUUUAACAGGAUGAUUUUUUCAUUUAACAUCGUUGAAAGAGUUUUAAAAUCAUUUGAUCUUUUUUGAAGUGUCUUGCUUUUUACAGAUCCCACAGAAAUUCUUGAAGGGAACAGUUCUUAACUUUCUUUUAUAUUUGAGAAAGUUGGCAUGCACGUAUACCUUGUAAGCUUUUAUUGCCAAGAUGGAAUACAGAUACAUGCUUUUUAGUUACAUUAUUUGAUUUUCUAUUGAAAGAAUUGGUGAUUUUUAAAUGCACACAAAUAUGGACUACAACAAACAGAAGAAAUGGAAAGAAGUGUACAAUAACAAAUGCAGAUUUUAUUUCAUUAUGUAGGUAUGUGAUUUUAUUGCACAAGAAGAAAUAAAUCUGAUAUGCAUACUACAACUGAUAUUUUUAGACAUUUUGCGGCAUAAUGUAAAUCAAAAAUGAGUUGAGGGGACAAACAACUACCAGUAGCAAGUAAGCUAUCACAAAGGUGUUUUCUGUGCCCCUUACAGCACAAAUUGGAUGAGUUAUACAUGCAUUUUAAAACUGUGCUCUUUUUGUUAAAGGGCUUAAUUUUUGCUGUUAA